AUGGGUAUCUUUGCAGCAAUAGGGGUGUUGCUUCCAUUCCCAUAUUACUACUGGCUGUGGACAAACCCACAAGCAUGGGUGAACCUAUGUGGGAAAGACAAGGACCCGUCAAAGGUGAUGGCCUAUGUUUCACAUUUCCUCAAAUUGUUGCAGUUCAUUUCUUUUUUUUCAGUUUCCGCUCUCUCUUGGCCUCCUGCGUUCUACUUCUGGCCCCUCUUUGGCUUCGGUCAGUUCCUCAACUUCAGGGUAUACCAGUUGCUUGGUGAAUCAGGUACUUACUAUGGUGUGCGCUUUGGGAAGAGCAUCCCCUGGGUGACAGAGUUCCCAUUCGGGGUUAUACAAGAUCCCCAAUAUGUUGGAAGCAUCAUGAGUCUUUUUGCAUGUCUAUCAUGGGUCCCUUUCCAAUACAUUCUCCUGUGGACUCUGGGCUAUGUAUUCAUGAUCCAUGUGGAAUCAAAGGAGGAUCCAGCUACUCGAGCAAAGCCAAUCUCUUAA